AGAUAAAAAAUAAUAAAAAAUAUCAAAAUGGGCAGUUGUCUUGUAAAGAGUAAAAUUAAAAAGAACAGCGUUUCUCCUUCUUACUCGGAGGCGGAAAUACGAAAGAGAAAUUCAAGGAAUUCACCAGGACGAAAGGCACCGGACCCGAUCAACCCGGAGGAUAUGGUAAAACAGCUGCAAGAGGCUGAAAUCGAAGAGUCAAAAUUGACAAAGGGAGGUGUUUCAUUUACUGUUGAUUUCAACACGGGUGACCCAAGCAGGAUGCCUUCAAGAUUGGCUGACGGUUUGGAUGAGGCGGUAACCCCAACCCAGAACGAAGAGGAGGUUCACUACACUUGCCGCUGA